AUGUCCAGCCAGAUAGAACCCGACGCUGAGGCGGCCAAGCAGAGGGGAAAUGAGCUGUUUGCAGCGCAGGACUACGAGGGAGCCAUCAAGUCCUACAGCGAGUCUAUGAAGCUAGACCCAUCUCAGUGGACAUACCCGCUCAAUAGAUGCUUCGCACACUUGAAACUCGAGCGAUGGACAGAGGCCGAAGCUGACGCGACCUCUGUCAUUGACCUUGAUGAAUCCAAUGCCAAAGCAUGGUACAGAAGGAGCCUCGCGCGGAAAGGGCUGGGGAAAUCCGCGUCUGCUCGCGCAGACCUUUAUUCUUACGGGCGCCGCACAAGGGACUUCAAGAUUGUGGUUGAAGAGAAUUCCAAGAUCGCCGCAAUGGAGGCAGCUAUCGUGAAAGCCUCGGUCGACUCGCCGGCUUGCGGGUUCAAAUUCGUGGAUACCAGCAACCACGGCGUCGGAGCAUUCGCGACACGUAGCUUCGAGCGCUCGGAGCUCGUCCUUGUCGAGGAGCCUCUGUAUACCGUCUCGGAAAUUGCGUCUCCUCGGCAGAUCGCUGCUGCGGUGUCGCGUCUCACGGACGACGAACGCACCGAACUCUCGCUGCUCCAUAACAACUUCCCAGAUCGCUUCGAUGACUCGUUCGUCGGCAUACACCGGACGAACGCCUUUGCCGCUGGGGAGGACUCGUCCGUGCUCUGCCUCCGCGGGUCGCGCUUCAACCACUCUUGCACCCCGAACGCGCGGUACUCGUGGUACGCCCCCAGCAAGACGUUCCGCAUCUACGCGCUCCGAUCCAUCAGCGAAGACGAAGAGAUCCUCGUCUCGUACAUAUCCGGGCGGAACAUCUAUGGGAGCUCGAAGGCGCAGCGCCAAGCACGGCUACAGAGCAUGCUCGGCUUUGUGUACUCCUGCACGUCGUGCACGCUUCCCUCCGCCGAGCAAGCGGCGAGCGACAGGCGCAGACAGGAGCUGACGCAGCUUUGGGACACUGUGCCCCACUUUCCCCCAAGCCAGACAGCGGCGCGGCUGAAUGCGAUCGCCCGGGCGAUACGGCUGAUGAAAGAAGAGGGUUACGAUGCGGACGAGGACGACUUCACGAAUGACGCGGCGGUGAUAUGCGCGUUCCACUCGGACUGGGAAUCGGCUGUGUACUGGGGGAUUCGCACGUACGAGAGCCGCGUGGCGGAGUUUGGGGCGGAUAGUAGGAGGGCGAUGGACGAGGAGGUCUUGAGGUUUCUGCUGGAGCCGCAGAAGCAUCAGAUGGCGGGCAGAGGGACGAGGAAGGUGUUCAAAACUAGGGUCUAA